AAACAAAGUCAAAGUUCUCCACCAUUUUUUUUUUCUUUUUCAAACCCUGACUUUUAUAAACCACUGGGCAGUCUCACUAAUCUCCAUAAGAUUGGCUUCACUGCUUCAGGUCGUUAUUUCUGGAGUAAUUCAAGUGAAAGGUUAAUGGUGUCCCUUGGAACUCAAGGUGUGGUGUUCUUAUUAGCCAUCGUGUCAUUGGCAACGUGUGCUCAAUAUUCCGAAGCUCGUGUAAAACCUGAAAACGGGGUGAAAUCAAUGGUGUAUUUAUCACCUAAGAUAACGCUACAUCCGGGUUCAGUUUCAAACAAAACCUACUAUGAUAUCGAGUUCCCAAAAGGUCAUAUUGCGGUUAAAAGUUUCAACGCUGAAGUUGUUGAUGAAGCAGGGAACCCUGUUUCUCUUCAACAAACUUAUGUCCACCACUGGGUUGCGGUAAGAUACUACCAACGCACGGGCGUUAAAGAUGAUCGAAUUAUUGCCGGGAAUGCUGGAUUAUGCGAUCAUGGCCGUUCCCAGUUCUUUGGAAUGGGAUCUGAAACGCGAAAAACAUCGACGUAUGUUCCUGAUCCAUACGGGAUUGAAGUGGGUAACCCACUUAACGUUCCAGCUGGAUACGAAGAGAAAUGGAUGUUUGAUAUCCACGCGAUCGACACUCGGGGUGCAGUAGAUGCAAUUGGAUGUAAUGAGUGCAGAUGUGAUUUAUAUAAUGUGACUAAGGAUAAAGAUGGUCUGCCGUUGAGACCAAAUUAUGUGGGCGGGUUGCACUGUUGCUAUGAUGGAACACAAUGCAAAGUGAAAAAUGGGUUUAAAAGCGUUGAAAGAAACGUUUACUUUAAGUAUACGGUUAAGUGGGUUGAUUGGAGUGACUCCGUAGUUCCUGUUAAAGUCUUUAUAUUCGAUGUUACUGAUACUUGGCAAGACACAGGAAUCCAUAAUUGUCUUUUCGAGUACGAUGUUGAAAAAUCUGCGACUAAUAACUACACCAACGUCAGAAAGUCAAGUGUGAGUUUUCCGACGGCUGGUGAUGUCAUUUAUGGUUUUGCACAGCAGUACAUUGGCGGAAUCGGUUCUGCGCUUUAUGGGGAGGAUGGAAGCGUUAUUUGCGCGUCUAAACCUAUAUAUGGGAAAGGAAAAGAUAUAGGAGAUGAAGCUGGGUACAUUGUAGGAAUGUCCACUUGUUAUCCUAAACCGGGGUCUGUGAAGAUAGCUAAAGGCGAAACUGUAACUUUGGAGUCUUAUUACAGCAGUAAAAAGAGGCAUACCGGAGUUUUGGGGCUCUUCUAUAUUCUUGUUGCAGAGUCGUCUUAGAAACUUGUUUGGUCCGGCUUAAGUAAGAUUUCCGCCCUUCGUUCGUUUGCCAUAUUAUCAAUAGAUUGAUUCGGUUUCAUUGCAUACUUGAAAACGUAAAUGACUUGCGUCUCAGUUUUGAAGUCUAGUGUGUUUGGUUGUAUACGUACAUGUACUCACGUAGAUUACGUUAAGAAUGAUGAUUUUGUAAUAUUUGUUUUGAGGUUCUUACAGUUCGAGAUUGGUUUUCUA